GAUAAUACUGCUGCAGUCUCUCAUUGUUGCGUUCGCGCGGCAAACAAACAACCAACUCACUCGUUUCACGAAUCCGCGGCUGCUGUCUCGCUCCUGCGUCGCGCAGAAGCAAAAAAUAGUUAGUGUGUCGUGGGACAAUUAUCAAGCUGCGCAGGACUUGUCCAGGAAAGCGCGGCCGUUGCGCCCACUGGUGGUGCGCUUGCGCAGCCCCAGUCAGCGGUGCUCUCACUUCUCAGCUGCCUGACACCACACCACAGCCUCCCAGGCCUCCGCUCUACCCCUUAUCGACAUGGACGGUCGGGAUGAUGGCAGCCCUGGAGCCGCGCCCCUGGGGCCAACUUUGGAGCCAGCUCCGGAAACAGGCGUCAUCUCGAGCGUACGUAAGGCCUUUGGCUUCAUUGCCACGCCCUCCCGUAGCCGAGACAUCUUCUUCCACAUAUCAGCCCUGGAGGAUUGCACCCCAGAGCAGCUGCAAGAAGGCACGGCCGUCACCUUCGUGCCACGAUGGGAGCCGGACGCGGGCGAUGGCUCCUCCGGUGGCGGUGCUGGCGGCAGUGGGAUCGGCGGCGGCUUGACGGGAGCGGCGGGGGGAGCGGCAGGAGGUGGCGGCAGCAGGGCCAAACGGCCCAUCGCGACGCGGGUGCGGCUGGCGCCGGUGGGUACGCGCGUGCGCAUGACACGCCUGGAGCCGGGGCUGGUGCUGGGGUUCGUGUCCGACCCCGCACCCCCCGCUGCUACUGCUGGUGCUGGUGCUACAGCAGCAGGAGCCGGCAGUAGCAGCGGGCCCAAGGGCAUCCUCCGCUUCCUGGAUGAGGCCGGGUCGCCGGACCACGUGUUCUACAGCGCCGAGGACGUGGAGGGGGCCGGUGCGGCGCUGGGGGCAACAGCUGCAGCAGUAACAGCAGCAGCAUCAGUCGCAGGGGAGAGGCCGGCCGCCGGCGCAGCAGUAGCAGCUCAGCUGCCAGGCGGCGCGAGCGCGGGCGCCGAGCCGGCGCUCCCCGCCGGUCAGCUGGUGCUGUUCCGCCUGUGCACCGACCUGCGCGCUGCAGCGCAAGCGGCGGAGCAGGCGGCGGCGGCAGCCGCCCGGGCCCAGGCCCUACAGACCUCGCAGCAGCACCAGGCGCCGCAGACGGCGCCGGGGCGCGGCGCGGCGGCGGGCCCGCGGCGUGCGGCCUACCAGUGGGCGGUGGAGGUGCGGCCGGUGGGCGCGGCGGAGGUGGCGGCGCACACGCUGUGGCGGCAGCAGGCGGCGGUGCUGCAGCUGCUGGCGGGGGCAGUGCAGGCGGCCUACGAGCUCCAGGCGGCCGGAGGGAUGCCGGCGCCUGUGCCGCGGCCCAGGCCCGCUUGAGCCAGCUGCCGAGGACUCGCGAGUACCCUACGGGAAGGCGGGGUAAUAGAUGACGGCGCACGCACGAUGUCCAGCGGCCGCAGCCUGAUUCCCUUACGCCUUGGCCAACCCAGCCCCGAACCCCCGAAGCCCAGUCCCAGCCCCUCUCUGGUGAAGACGCACAUCUGCGUCCAGUCGACGAACAACAUUCCUUUUGUGAUCUCCGACCUGGUGGAUUCCCCCACCGUGGACCAGCUGGGCUUCCCCGCCGUGUCCAUGUGUGUGUCGGCCUCCAGCGCCACGUGCAGGAGAGGAACCUUCUGCUGCGGGGUGGACCUCGCAAAGAUGGAGCUCCGCAAGUGGCCAUGCUUGACAGGGCCACAGCGCUCCGAAGUGCUUGCAUUCAAUACGUGGACUGGGCGGCCAUGUGGGAAGCAACUGUAACCA